CCUGCAGCAGGAUGCGGAGUAUCCGGUAACGCGCUCGUAGGUUUUCCAAAAGAUGCGGCUUCGCGAUAUCCCCGCGUUACCUCACGUCUGACAGACGCUGAUUGAAUGUUGUCUGGUCGCGCGCUGUCCGGUUCAAAGCUUCACAUUCAGCGCUGUUUUUUUAAACUUUCCUCACAGACAUUGACAAGUUUCUUCAGAGGUGCGCGUUGAUUUCAUCAUGGCUACUUAAUUGGAACAAUUCUGUAAACAAGCCGCACAUCUCUAGGACAGCAUGGAUAGCGGAUCGGACUCGUGUGUUGAUAUCUGCACAAAUACCGAAGACACAACGGGCAGCGGAACGAAAUGACACCCGUGUGGAGCCAGCGACCGGGGCGAGAGCCACCGAGACCCAGAUGGGGACUGACAGAUCAACGGAUUAAACUGCCAAAAUGCCCGAAUGCUGCCCCCCGGCAAGCUCUUCCAUCUUACCUGCACAGGUCCAGACCCCGAAGGCCUCCCACAGACUUUGGGCCUUCAGAGAGCCCUGUAUAUCACUGGGAGGAAGCAGGGGUUCCCAGGGCGAGCGGGUACCACGCCAGACACGCAGAAUCAAGCCCGGUGCGUCCCCGAAUUGUGACCGUGGUGCGGCCUUGCGGACAGGAGAGCGUGCGGAAGAUCUCCCUGCUGUUAAACCGCCGUGCUGUGCAGACGUUCGAGCAGCUGAUGGCAGAUGUGUCCGAGGCACUCGGCUUCCCGGGCUGGAACAACGCUCGAGUACGACGACUCUUUAGCCCUGCUGGGCGAGAAAUCCACAGCCUUGCCGACUUCUUCCGCUUCGACCAUGCCUUCUUGGCCUUUGGGAACAGUCGACCGUCUCUUGAGGAGGUACAUGCAGCACUAGAUGAGUUAUAUCCGGAAAACCCCAGCCACUGCGAACACCUGCUGAGAGUAUGGGAGCGUAUCUUGAGACCCAAGGCCACUAAAGCGGAUAGUGGUUUCCAUGACGAUGACGCUGGAGCCGAGAUGUCCUUACCUACGGUACAAGUGAACCAACCUGUUGUCAACAACUUGCAGCCAAUUGGAAGGCAAAAAGAAAAGGUGAAGAGAGAACGGCAAAGAGAACUGUGGAGGAGGAGAGACGACCUGCAGAAAGAAGAUGAGAAGGAGAUAAAGAAGGAGGAAGGAAAGAGAGAAGCUGUUUACUGCCGGAGCUGUCGAGGAUGUGGCCCACCUAUACCUCCAAUCAGGAGCGGUCGAGGUCCUCAACCAGACAGGCCAAAUAACCGCAGUAAUAAAAGCACUGCAUGUCAGAACAACAUGGAAAAAACACAACAAAGAUCGCUGAAAGCUGACAAGCACGUUGCCAAUACAAAAUCAAGCCCGGCUGUUCCUCCAAACCAGGAUAAAGAUGUUAACCUGGAGACUAUAACAGAGCAGGACACUGAUAAGCAGGAAACAGUUGAGCAGAGAGACUUGCAAAGGAACAUAUUGCCUGAUGGUGGUGAAGUGUCGCUGGAGGACAUCGAGCGCUGCUACGACAUGGGCCGUGUGGUAGGAGACGGGAACUUUGCGGUGGUCAGGGAGUGUCGUGUGCGAGGCCUGGCUGAAACGUUCGCUAUGAAGAUUGUGGACAACGCAAAGCUGCAGGGACGCGGUCACAUGAUUCAGAAUGAGAUCGCUCUGCUGCGCAGUCUGGAGCAUCCUCGCCUCAUCCAGCUGUUUCGUUCUCAUCACACGGACACCCACGUUUACCUGCUGAUGGAGCUGGUGACCGGCGGAGACCUGUUUGAUGCUAUCACUCAGAGCGGCAGGUUUACUGAGCCAAGUGCUGCUUGCAUGAUCAGAGACAUCAGUCAGGCUCUGGAAUACAUCCACAGCAAGAGCAUCGCACACCGAGACAUCAAACCUGAAAACCUCCUGGUACAGAGAAAUGGCAAUGGAAGCUUAAAUCUGAAGUUGGCUGAUUUUGGAUUAGCCAUGGUGGUAACGGAGCCAGUGUUCACAGUCUGUGGCACACCUACAUACGUUGCUCCAGAGAUACUUGCUGAGACAGGUUACGGAGUUGGAGUAGAUGUUUGGGCGAUGGGUGUCAUACUGUUCGUCCUGCUGAGCGGGUUUCCUCCAUUCCGCAGUCCAGAUCGUAAUCAAGAGGAACUGUUCCGUCUCAUCCAGAAAGGAGAAGUCCACUUUCUGUCCCCUUACUGGGAUAACAUAUCUGAGGGAGCUAAAGCUCUAGUCAAGGCUUUGCUGGAGGUCAACCCAAAAAGGCGUUUGACAGCUUGUCAAACCCUGCAGCACGACUGGCUCCAGCAUGCAACAGCACAAAAAGACCAUAAGGGGACGGUAAAGGCCACUGACUUCACAGCUGAGAGGCACAACCAGCCGAAACUGAGCAGACAGGCCAAAAGUGGUGAAAAUUCUAGCCAACCAGAAACGUUGGCAGAGAAAUGUCACGCAGCACGAAUUUACGAGAACAUGCUAAAUAAUAAUAAUAACGAACCGGAUGUUAAAAUGCAUGACAGAGACCAGCAAAUCCAUAACAUGACAAGCAAUCAACUAAACGUGUCCUAUGCAGAAGACGCGAACAAGCAAUAUACCACAGAUCAGCACAAACUUGAGAAACCAGCACAGCAAGAAGACACAAAACAAGAAUGUCCUGCUGAGUAAUGAGUUGGUUAACGGGCAGCAAAGACUGAAGAAGCCAGCAUAUACAAGAAACCAAUGAAUACUGAAAAGACUAAGAGAGUUGGAACUAAACAAGCCAUGGGAGACAUAACAAAGUGGCACAGCAAACCUGAGGAAAAAAAUCAAGCAAACAACAUCUAGUCUCUUGUCAUACUCUUAAAUCUACACAUAUACUACAAUAAUGAGAUUUUAUCCUGAUCACCAGGCCUUGAUGAAAUCUGCACUGAUCUGGAAAAUCUAUUGAAUUAGUGUAAAUAUGGUUAAAUGUAUUCAAAGGCGCUUAUAGCGCACUCUUCUUGGCAGCUUAAGGUAUAAUCCAAUAUUUAAAAAACAAAUAUCAAAAUUCUGUAUACAUCCUGUGUGUGCUUACAGGUCAACAAUGAAAUGAUCUGGGACAUUAAAGUUAACUGUUAUAUAUAAGACAAUAUUUACUAACUAGAGGAAGCAGGACAGUUUGUGAUGCAUUGUUGUUUUUGUAUGUAAAUGCCACUGAUUAUUCUGUAUUUUCAUUAUAAUCUGUGUUAUUUUAAAGGAAAGUCAUUUAAAUAUGUAAGAACUAGUAUUGUUUUUAAGUUUUUGUAAACGUAUCGGUCAAGCUUGGCCCCUGCCAAUGUUUGUGGAAAUGUUAGUUGGGUAGACUAGCUAGCAAGAAGCUAAAAGUAUUUAGUACGUCUCAUGUCUUUGUACUGCACAUCUGUUCACGCAUUUUCACAGUCAAGUUGUUUUGCGAAUCAGAGGUCGGUCUUUUCUUUAUUUGAAACCAUACGAGUACCGUCUAAAUGUUUUAGCCUAUCAUAUUAUCUGUUCACUUACACGUUUCUUUAAAUUGGUGAGUAAAAUUUAGUUUUCGUGACAAAAACAUAAUUAUUUUCUGACUUCUGUUCACCUUUCAAUUUUUGAGAUAUCAAGUAAUUAUAUACGAAUAAAGCCUUUGUCCUUGUCAGGUGACUUCAGUCCUUCAACCUUCAUGGUGGUAUGUCUCAAAACAACUCCAAAGUUGUAAAAUAUGGUAUUUUAAGCGUAGGCCUACCACAGUUGUAAUGUGCACGUAACAAAUGAUUAAUCUCAGCUUCAUUACUAAUGCCUUAUGUAUUACACAGCUAUAUGCAUACAAUAAGUCAUAUUUUUGUAUCCAGUGAAGUAACAGGAAGACACGUACAAACACAGUCCCACCCCCAGUGAAACACACACAGCUCAUUGGGACUGGGCAGGCAAGACUGACAGCUGUCUUGAUUCUUGACCAAACUAGUCCAUCAUACACCUCGACAUUUGAUUGGCUGAGACCCUUCCCCCUCCCCCCAGGGGUAGCUCUAGUUUCGGGGAGAACAAAUAAAAAAGAAUAAAUUGAAAUAGAUUAAUAGACCACACUUUGACAUUUUUUUUAAACCAACAUGCCAAAUCAAAUCAUUUAUGCAGGCCUUGCAUUGACUAUUCAGUCAAGUGCGAUCAUUUUGAAUGAUUCCCCACGAUGACGUUGCCAUUUUGUCGCAUAUGAAUUGUUCAGGGGAUUUUGACCAAGGUACGAAAAGGUUUUGUCAUCUAUUAAUCUUCCUUUCAAAUAUCGAAACCACGGCAACAACGCGACAUCCCAGCGCAGCAAAACUUGAAGUGACCGUAUUAACAAAACCAAGCGUCGCGCUGUCCAAAUAACAAAAGUUUUUGGUCACCUUUCUCUUAAAAAAAAAAAGCUUCAGCCAUGACCCGCAGGAGGCCGGUGCGCAUGCGCAACGCAUAGCUCUUUAAAUAUCCCCAGUCAUCUGAUGAGGCGCAACAUUUUUGCAGCCAAUCAGACAGCGCGAAAGGGAAGGGCAGAACCGCCAUCAUUACCAGUGGCAACGCAUUCUCUGACGGAUCAAUAACAGUUGACGGCAUUCGCCUGAUCUUUACCCCGCUCCGAGUAAACCGGGCCCGGAUAGGCGGAGUCAGAGAGGGACAGGCGGACAGGGGAGAGGAGGAGACAGACAGGAAAAAAACAAAGAUGGCAGUGUAGAUUAAGGGAAGGACUAUCGAAGAGACUCUGCAGCAAACUGAUAACUUUUAGGUUUCGGGCGAAUCCGGAUCGCGUCGGAGUGGUUCGGUUGUGAUCGGAAGGUGGACCGGAGGGGAAGAGCCCGGCUGGGUCGCGGAGAGUCGCUGUGCGCGUGCUGUCACGGCGGAUAACGGCACUAAACAACAGCCUGUUGUUUUGUUGAGUCUUAGCUGUUUUUUCUCCUUCUCCACAAGCUGAGAGCUGAAGCUUACCUGAGAGCUAUCCAAAAAAAAAUUUACAGGCAUCCGUGCACGCCAAACCGCAGUAAAACACAGAUGAAUUUCUAUCUACUGUCCCAUAACUUAGCGUCAUAUUACCCAAAUUUGAACUGACGCUUGCUGGUUAACAACUGAGUGCAUUGUUGGCUGUCCAGACCCCCCGUCAAUUACAGGCCGAGUAGCUUGAAAAAUCCUGGAAA